AUGAGAUUGGUUAUACGUAAAGAUUAUGACGAAGUAUCAGCCUGGAUUGCUCACUACAUCAAGGAACGCAUUCGACAAUUUCAGCCCACAGCAGAAAGACCUUUUGUAUUGGGCCUUCCAUCUGGUUCAUCUCCCAUCAGCUUCUUCCAGAGACUAGCCGAGUUCUGUAAGACGGGUGAGGUUAGUUUUCAGCAUGUGGUAACAUUCAAUAUGGAUGAAUACGUUGGCAUCCCAAAAACACAUAAAGAAUCGUAUUAUACAUACAUGAAUACAAGCUUGUUUAAGCAUCUUGAUAUCAAGCCGGAAAAUAUCAACUUGUUGGAUGGUAACGCUCGGGAUCUGGAAGCAGAGUGUAGACGCUAUGAAGCCAAGAUUGCUAGUUUGGGUGGCAUCGAACUAUUUGUGUGUGGUAUUGGACCUGAUGGCCAUUUUGCUUUCAACGAACCUGGGUCUUCGCUGACUUCUCGUACUCGUGUAAAGACAUUGGCGUACGAGACCAUUGUGGCUAAUUCUCGAUUCUUUGGUGGUGACAUUACCAAAGUGCCCAAGGUAGCAUUGACUGUGGGCGUCGCCACUGUGAUGGAUGCUCGUGAAGUCUGUGUUAUAAUUACAGGUGCCCAUAAAAGCGUUGCCUUGGCUAAAUGUGUCGAAGAAGGCGUCAAUCAUAUGUGGACGGUAUCUGCUAUUCAGAUGCAUCCUAAAGGGCUGAUAGUGUGUGAUGAGGAUUCUACUAUGGAAUUACAUGUCAAGACUGUAAAAUACUUUAAAUCCAUCGAGCAUGUACACCAAUCCCUUAUUGGCAAAGAAAAUCUCGGUUUACAGGGAGAGUUAUUAACGCCAGAAGCAUCUACUGCCAAAACAACACAUACAAGAGGUCAUGAAAUGCUUGUGAGACAGCUAUUAAAUGCUCAUCAUGCAGCUGAUUAUUUGACAGAAGAGGAGGACGAGAUUGAUAAAGACGAUAAACCUAGACCACUUAAGAGAAGAAGAAGCUAA